AUGCUGAGUGAUGUUUUCCAAUCGUGCAGGGGGAACAAAUCGCUUUCUUUCGUAUUUCUCGCUCUUGCCCUCCUCGUGGUUUCCGCUAUCCUACUGACAGCCUGGCUUUUAACACAAGUGAAGUACCUUGAUAUCGCUACGUGGACAGUCUUGGCGAUAGCGCUGUUCAUCUUGAUUGCAGUAUUCGUCAACAACUACUACCAGGUUCUCAAAUUGCGUAGACAACAAAAUGAACAGAUGGAUGAAGUGGAUCCCAAUUCGAGUAUUGAUAACGAUCGUGCUAUUCCACCCGAUAAAGCCACAUUGAAUAUGAGGAGAAAUGCGUUAAGAACAGACGAUCUGUAG